CUGGUUCCGUGACAUCGUCGUCGUCGUUGUUAGCCUAGACCGUGUCUAUGCGAAGAAGAAGCCAAACGUUGGAAAAAAAUAUAAGUACGAAACACAAAAACCAUCGCGUAUUCGAGCUCCAUGAAGAAAACGGAAAGUUGGUGAAAAUUCGAAAAGCGAACCGUUUCGAAUGCUGAAUUAAUCAAAAUCAUCCGAUCGAGACAGUGAAACAGCAAGCAUAUACGGUGUGCAAAACGAUUUGGACAAUUAGAAAUAUAGUCAAAAGGAAUACACUUCGAGUCAAUUACAGUUUUUUUUUUACCCAUUGCAGUUGGUUUGUGUGAAAGUGAAUCCGGUGAUAUUUGAGGUUUUUUUUUCAUUCUCCUUCUUGUGUGGAAUUGAAACAGAUCGUCAGAAAAGUGCCAGCCGAAUUAGUUUAGUUAGAACAAUAGAAAAAAUGAAGAACCUUCAUUUAGCGGUUAUCGUCGCGGUGCUUGUGUGGGCGGCUGUGGCUGAUUGCAAAACGCAACGGAUACAACAUCAACUGAAAAAAGCCGCGACACAUAUCAAACCAACAAAAGGACCGAAAAGUGUGCUCGAAGCAUUCAAAGCAUUGUCAAAUGAGGAUUUUGAAUUCCUCAAACAAAUAGAUAAACAAUUCAAACAAUAUGGCGAAAAUGUUAAAAUUAAGAUUCAGAAAGAGAAUCGCACAACAUCGAAUAACAAAAAUAUUAAGCGUACCAUUGACGGUAGUUUGGGAUAUGGUUACCAGAAUAGAAACGAUCAACAAGCAAUGUACUCAUUUUCGAAGCCAAAAUAUGAGAUUUAUCCAUACUCGCAGCACGAUAUUCCACCAUCAUCGGAAUACCAACAAAAUCAACAUCAUUUGCACUACUUGAGAAACUAUCCAACGGCGCUCAUUGAGAGCGAUCCAAACUAUUUCCGUAAACAAGUCACAAAUGAACUCCGGUCGAAUGGGCACACAUCGGUUGAAAUUCAGCCAUCACACUCGUACGAAAUCAAACAAACAGAACAUGGCUACAAAACCAUUUACCACGGUGAUGGCAGUGAUGAUCAUGCUCAGUAUUAUAACACUCAGAGCACUGAAGGUGAAGCUGUUCCAGUGAUUGUGUUGCGUAUUCCAGGCCCGGCCAAAUAUGCUUCACAUUUGCAAGUUCUGUUGCAACAAUAUUUGGAAGCUCGUGCCGCACAAUAUAUUCAAACAUUACAGGAGCAGGAAGCCCAUGGCAUUGACGCUUCACAGCAACAAAUUCACGAACAGGAACAACCGGAUAUAAAUGCCUACGGCGCUUUGCCCGUGCUACCUUAUGGUCAAACGCAAGCGUACGUGCCAGCUCAAAUGUUCAUUCAACCACUGCAACAGAUUCAACCGUAUUUCUCUCAGCCACUCCCAAAUCCUUAUGCAAACGCACACAUUGCUCAGCCAAUUGAUCUGAGUGCCGAACAUAUUGCUGCCACACCAGCUCCGGCCAGCUAUUACACACCUUCUGCUCAUUCAGACGAAUCCGCCGAUCAACACUCAAGCAUUGUACAUCCAACUGCAUACGAAUACCACAAUAUUCAUGCUGAGCAACAGCAUCACAGCGAGCAUGAUACGCGAACGAAUGAAGAAAUCGUUUAUGGUCAUCCACACCAUGAGUCUGUAUCAGAGAAUAAUGAACUUUUAACCACGGAGAAUUUUCCCGAUGACAAACACACGCAAGUGAUUUUCAAAUCGUCCACCGAACAUGCACCACACCAACAUCAACAUUCCGAUGAACAAUACGGCCAACCGUUGCCACAGCAAUAUUUGCCACAGACUCAUGUUGCCUCAUAUCGAGCACCGCUCGUGUAUCACAAGCUAGAAGAACAGUUUUACAAUCCACAUGACGAUCAAGGUGACAGUUCGCAAUAUUCAAAUGGUUACGAUGACAAUGCUCAACCAAUUGGCCCCUCAACUCCAUACGCAAGCACAGUUGCAAUUACACAACGUCCAAUCAUUUUGCCACACAAUUAUCAUGCCCAAUACCCGCAAUUGACCAACAACAAUUACAACGACGAUCUCGGCUACGAUUAUGCUUCAACAGAAGCAUCCGAAGACGAUAAUCUGUACAAACGAAGCUCAAACAAAAAGCGACGACAAUCGGUGCAAAAUCGUGAUGAUCAAGUGAAAAAAUUCAAAAACUUGGCCAAUCGAAUGAAAUCACGAAUGAUCGCCGCCAGACAAACGGAAUCCGCAUAGAGUCGCAGGCAUUAAAUGAAUGCUUUUUUGCCAUUUUUAUUCACUUUGCAUAUUAUAUUCUCAAAAUCACAUCGCUGAAAAGAAAAUUCCGAGUGCGAAUUCCAUUUCCGAACGGAAGUGGAACUGAACCAAUUUUAUUUAUGUUUCUCUUUUGAUCAUUCGAAAAACAGAAAUCACAUCUAAGACAAUUUAAUGAAUUGCGAGAUUAUUUUAAAAUACUACCAAGUACAACAUACCACAUUACCGAGAAACCGAUUCAAAUCGAAUGAUUAGAUUUGAAAAAAAAAACUAAAACUAAAACAAAAACAAUUAGCUAAUUUGUAGAAAGGUUUUUCUUCUUUAUUAUUUUGUUCCGAAUGGAAAUUCAGUUGUAUUUAUUUAUUCAUUUUUUACUGUUCCGUAGCUUGCUUUUCAUAAUUAGUAUCGUAUGUACUAUUGUGUAUAGAAUAGAGAAGAAGAGAGAAAGA